AUGUCCCUUCUUUUCCGCACUGUGCGCUCCCCUUCCCUUCAAUUGGCCAGAUCGUUGUCCCAGCGGCAGGUCCUCGACCCCAGUUAUGUCAUGCCGGAUGGGAGAGUGUUGUCGAUUCAGCGUGCCGAGGAAUCGGAUCUCAAUUUGCUCUUCAAAUUCUUCAAAGAGAACUUUUCGGUUCAAGAGCCGCUCUCUCGUUAUUUGGGGAUAAAAUACGAGGAUUUCGGGAUUUUAUUUUAUGGCCCGGUCUUCAAAAGAGCCUUGGAAUGUGGGUUGAGCACCAUGGCGUUUGAUGGCGAUGAGCUGGUCGCGGUUUCGACGAUUACUGUGAAUGACGUCAUCAGAGAAAAGGUUGAUUUUGGGAAAACCGAGUUUGGAAAAGGUAAAUGGGUUGUGUGAAAGGUGCUAAAACGUUUUUAUUAGGGCCUGGGAUCUUGUAAAAAAUUUUCUGCAAAGAGGAAAAAUCGUAUUUUAGGCCAAUUCUGACAAAAAUGCCUCAAAAUCGCCGUUUUUUGCCUAAAAAUAGCAAAAAACAUCAUGAUUCAAUAUUUUAAGAGGACGUCAGCUUCUGUAAAAUUAUUUUUUAAGGCCUCAAAAGUUUUUUUCGUUUCAAAAACUUCAAUUUUACCCCCUUUUCAGUGAAAAAUCAAAAAAAUUUCAAAAUUAAAAAAAAUAUUUUUUUUUUUAGAAUUCGACGAGAAUAUGAAAAAAUUUGGGAUUACCCGCUCUACUAGUUACAUUUACACCCUGCUCAUUCACGCUGAAGAAAUUUCUGCAGCGAUUUUGCCGGAAAAUGUGAAGCAUAUCGUCCGUUCCGAAGCUGGAAGUGUUUGUCCGUCGCAUAGAGGGUAAGUUCGGUCAAAAAAUUGUGGAAAUUGAGCGAAAACGGUCGUAAAUGGGCUAACUGACCAAGUUGCCCAAAAUGCCCAAUUUGCCCAAAAUGCCCAAAUUGCCCAAUUUGCCCAAAAAUUACAAAAAUAUAUUUUUUUUUCAAAACUGGACAAAAAAUCAACUUGCCCAAAAUGACCACCAAAAUGCCCAAAAUAACCAUUUCGUAAUUUCAGAGGUGAUGUCCGCCGAAAAUUGGCCAUUGAGACCUCAAAAUUGGCCGAAGCCGAAGGCCUGGAAGUCAUGGAUGCCAUAUGUUCGGCGACUGCGUCCACCAAGGUCAUGGGAGAUGUAAGCGAGCUCUUAUAGUACAUACAGUAAAGAUUGUUUUCUUCUUGGUUGCACUGUACAGCUCAUUUUUUUAUAACGUUUACCCGCACUGUGCAGAAAAGUUUUUUUGGUCAUCGCACUGUGCAAAGAAAAAUAAUACAUUAUUUCCGUUAUUGCACUGUGCGAUGCCCAAAAAUGUUUAAAAAUUAUUUGAAAAAUUGCACAUUGCCAAAAAAUAAAAAAAAAAAAAAAAAAAAAUUUUGAUCAUCGUCGCACUGUGCAAGAAAAAUAAAAUUUCGGUUAUUAUUGCACUGUGCAAAAAAAGAUUGAAAAUUGCACAGUGAAAAAAACAUUUUUUGAUCAUUGCACCGUGCACGAAAACUUCCAAGAAUCGCAGAGUGUGGCCGAAGCGAAAAAUUCUGCAAGAAAGAAUUCGAUAACUUUUUUUUCAAUUUUCAGCUCGGACUAGUCACCAAAUUUCCCAUUCUCUACAACUCGAUUACCGACUACGGCAAGCAGAUCAUCCCAACGCCUUUGCACGAUAAUAAUACGUCCUUCAACGUCAUGCAGGGCUCGAUCAAAGAAAUCGCCAGACUGCAGGCGCCGAAACCCGAGACCUGCGAGAAGUAUGAGAGGAGAAAAAGAGCGGCUACUGCCUAA